AAGUCACCUCCUAAAUCGCACACUGAACUACCUUUGGUGUAGCGUUGAGCUAUCCGAGGCAAACGUGUUCUUGAAGGCCAUUUUAGCUUCAAGUUGUUGAGAAGAAAUUACAGUUUCCACGAGAGUGAGGCAUCCUUUACGUUGUGUCAGCAAUGGCCCCUAUAAAGCACGCACAUUUCUUGGACAUGGACCCUGAAUUCAAAGCUUCCCAUUACAUCCAUCUCACUGUGUACAAUACGCCAGCUUCCAAUUUUCGGCACAUACGCUUUCGACGUCAGUCACUUUGCCUUCGUCACCACGUAUAUUCUACUCCUUCUCCCCUUCACCCACGUACACUCGUCGACGUCACUCAUUUCCAGCGCAAACAGCACAAUGUCGCCAAAACAAGAGACAAAAAUCGCUGAGAACAUGUCCGAGAUCAAGCCCAUCGGACUUGGAGCGCGGAUCCGUGAGGCCGCCCUCCACAACAGGUUCGAUGCCUCGUCGGAGGAAGAACUGGGCAGGAGCACCAGCACCAGCACGAACAGCGAAUCCGAAGCUGGGGCCAAAGACCAAAUGUCCUGGCUCACACUCUGCUUUGUACUCGUUGCAGAGCUCCUGGGCAUCGGUAUUACCGCGAUGCCUGAUAUUAUUGCCACCUGGGGCAUUGCCAGCGGGCUUGGGGUGCUCAUCCCGACAGCGCUCUCAAGCCUGCUGACUUCCACGUGGGCAUACAAGUACCUUUUGCAGCAUCCUGAGAUCCGCUCAAUGGGGGAUGUUGCUGCUUGUAUGUGUCCGAGAUUUGCCCGGAUGGCACGAACCGCGGCGUCGAUUAUGAUCGUGUUGUUGAAUUUGGCAAUCAUGUCUGCGCACCUGUGUGUCAAUAUCAGCAUCGCAGAGACAUGGUUCAACGGCAUAGAGCUCCCCGGCAAUGUCCGACCUGGUUUGAUCAUGCUGGCUCCAUUUCUUGUCAUUUGUUUCUCCCUGACAGCCCUGAGGAACCCGGAACGUCUGGCUAAGUUCGGGAUUCUCACGGGCGGAUGCGUGGUUGCGUUUGCCAUCGCAAUCACCGCGCUCCUGUCACAGGCUCAAGUACCGGACCAUGGAAAACAGCAAGGUCCAUAUACCACAACGGCCGUCUACCCGUGGUACAACCAUGAAACGAGUCGGGAUGCAAAGUUGGUGGCGGUUCUGAAGCUUGUCUUCAUCUAUCUCGUGCAGACAACAAUCCCUUCCUUGAUGCCACAGAUGAAGAAGCCCGAGCAAUUUUGGAAGUCAUUAUACGUGACCUUCGCUAUUUUGACUUUCGUCCUCGGUGGGUUCGGUGUGAGUGUCUGCACGAUCCUGAUGCAGCGUGGGAUGCGUCUCCCUUCGCCUGUCUGGGAAAGCCUUCCUCGAGGGCAUGGCCAAGCUGCAUCUGCAAUUCUUCUCCUCCCCAGCACCGUGCAAGCGGUGAUUUACUGCCUGCUCAUCGUGCAGUUCAUCCAUGAUGGUGGAAUUGCAACGUCCUUGGCCCAGAGGUUUCGCCUAGGACCAAGAGUCUCCCAUGGGAUUGUGUCCGGACUCCUUUGGAUAUUGGCUGGAGUUGUUGCCAUCCUAGUGCCGCAAUUCAAAUCACUGCUCGCGAUCAUUGGCGCAGUCUUUGGCGGUAUAUUCGUGUAUCUCAUCUGGUCAAUCUGUCUCGCACAAAUGCACUUUCGAAGUUCAGGCGAUUGGCGCAACGCUGGCACACUUCAUCUGUUGUUGAAGCUGCCGAGACUCGUCUUGCUUUUGUUUGCGUUAGCUAUGAUGGGUGUUUGCUUCUGGGGCUGUGGCCCAACGGGCGCAGAGUUCGUCGCUUCGACGGCAGCUGUAGCAUGGAGUCCGAUCAGAUACACGACGAGCAAGAUAGAACAUUCUGGAUAAUUAAGCAGUCAAUUAGCGCGGGAGAGCUACCCUCAAGGUCGGACCACCUGUGACAUUGCGCCGUCGUAUCGAUGUUACCUC